AUGCUCUUGACGAUGCUGCUUGCUGAGCGCCUUCCUCCGUUACUCACUGAACGACUGGUACAAUGUUGCUACGCCGAUACUGUACGCUACGCGACGGUGGUGGCUCGAUUACCAUUACUCAUACGGGGAUACAACAAUACUCCUAUACCCGGCAUCACGUCAAAGCGGCAUCUCCUCGCCCAAACAAAGCACCUCUUCCUCGAGUACGAGUGGCCGGAAGCUAAGUCUGCACCGGCGAGCGCGGGUAUACUACCUCAAUCGCUCGGCGCAAUUGCAACAAUCACCAGAUGGGUGUCAUCCGCCAUCGGCAUCGCGGACCAGCCGGAUACGUGGACUCUCCCUAGUUCACCUCCAAAGCCGCGGCAGCUGUUCCAAACCGGAUACAAAGCGAAUAUCGAUCGAGAUUGGGAGGAGCAAGGGUCGCAGGAGGCUGAUGAGCUGUGGGAGGCGAUGAGGGUGAUCAGAGGCGGGAGGGGGUACGAGGGGCAGGUAUUCAACAGUCUCCGGACUUGGGCGGUAAAUGUUUACGGGGGCGAGGCGUGCGAUAAGCGGUGGGGUGCCCUCGCGGAGAGCGUCAGCUACAAUGACGUAUCGCGGGCCGUCCGUUCGUCACGCGUCCCUCGGUAUCCAUUCACACUUGUCCCCUCAAUUAUCCCUACACCCUCUUCCUCAUCGGCGAGCCAACUCGCUGGUACAUCCACGCCCCGCCGAGCAGUUGACGAGGCGGCACGACGGGGCCGCGAGCUGGGUGCUGGCAGGGCUCGCAUGAUUCUGGAAUCGCCCCGAGGCGGUCUGAGGGCAAUGUCAAGAAGCCAAGUAGCUGGUGGCGAGGUUUGGUAUCGGAUCAAGGUUGUAGCUGUACAAGUGAGGAAGAUGUACAUGAUUGUGAGCAAGGUGAAUGAGAGGCAGAGAGGCGGGUGGAAACCAGUGAAAACCGCCACCGGCCACUCGGCGCCGGCCCGGACCGGAGCACUGAGCGGGGAAAGAGCGGUUCACGAGGCCCUGCUGCUGAACCGCCCCAGCGAGCAGUUGACGCCGACGACGAAGUUACGUGACAACUCGGCCGCUAUCCGGCUCCCCUUCUACGACCCGCCUUGCGUCCGCCUGACACUUUACGAAUCGCAAGCUGAUCGUAUGAGCGAGCGGUGGAUCCGAGGGUUUGGAGGGCUAGCCACCUUUUGGUUGCAGUGUGCUGCUAGAGCCUGCUCCGCCCGCCGAGUGGUGAUGUAUGUGGAUCGAGAGGGGUGCGACGUCCGACGCGGUGCCCAGGCGCUCAUGAUGACCGGCCGACAGUGGGCAGGGGCAAGUGUCCCGAAGAGCGACCGCUGGCUCAGUGUCACUCAUCGAGUGAGCGGGGUCCGAGGGGUAGCCGACCGAAAGCUGAGCGGUUCUCCGAGUAGGGUGGGGAGUGCUCGGCGGGGAGGUGAGGGUGAGGAGGGAAGAUGGUUGUUGAUUGAUGAGUUUGUGUGGACGGAGGGGAUGAUGGAGGGAAGAGUAAAGUCGGCGGCGGGCGACGGCCGCCAAGGAUGCCGCCCAUGCGGACCGGCAGAAGAGCAACAGCUCGUCCACCUCGUCUCUUCCCUUUGCCCGCCGAAAGCCCGAGGACGAGUCGAGGGUGCGGAGGGGAUGUUGUGGCGGGAGUUGGUUGAGGAGGACGACGGUGGCGGAGAAAGACUGGGUGUACUGCUUGACCUUUGGCCUGCGCGCGGACCGACCAUUGACCCGAGCACCUGGCGUCGAGGGGGAUGGGGAGGAUUUGGUGCGGUCGAUCCGGAAUCCGGAGGGGGAGCGGUCAAAGGCGGCGCAGAUGAUAGGGAGGGCGUCGACAUUGUCGAGAUACGCGAGCAGCUGAUGCCCUGGACCGAGUACCAUCGUGGCGGACGAGCAGGGCGGCGUUUGCUCCGUAGACCCAACGAAAGAGGUGGGGGACGCCCGGUUCUGCCUGCCGAGCGUGGGCAGAUGAGGCGGGAGUGGGCUUAUUGGCCCCGUUGGAGGGGUCGGAAGAUGGAGAGCGCGGAGCUGGUCGAUGGUUUCCGGGGUGAUCUCCCGCCUUUGCCUCCAGCCGCAGGUCAGGUCACGCCCAGGCUUGACUCUGGUCCGAGCGCUCCACCGGUGAUGGGUCCGCCUCGCCAAACGGGACGUUGGGGUACGCGCUGA